GUCGUCUCCUCACAAACCCUAAAAUCUUCUCUCUCUCUCUCGAAGAUUCCGAUUUCCUCCUUGAAAAUUCCGAUGACGAAGAAACUCAAUCCUUUAGAAGAUCCACCAACGGCUUCUUCAAGCGACGACGAUGACGUCGAGACUUCAGAAGCUGGAGAAGCUUCAGACGAUUCAUCUUCAUCUGAAGAAGAACAACCAAUCAAAGCUCCAAUCAAAACCCCUUCCGCCGCCACCACCACCACCGCCGCCGCUGCUCCAGCAAAAUCCACCGCCGCCGCCGAUUCAGAUUCUGGAUCCGAGACCGAAACAGAUUCAGACUCUGAAUCAACAAAUCCACCGAAUUCUGGAUCUGGCAAAACAAUCGCCGUCUCCGCUGUGAAUCAAAAGAAGAAAGAAGAUCCAACAUCGUCCGCUGCUUUAGCUUUACCGGCGGUGAAAUCAGGAACAAAACGGCCAGCGAGUGAAGCUACGACGACGACUUCAACGAAACGUGUGAAGAAAGACGAAGAGAGUAUAAAGAAACCAGGAGCUUUUCAAAGACUAUGGAGUGAAGAAGACGAAAUCUCAGUGUUACAAGGAAUGAUUGAUUUCAAAGCUGAUACAGGGAAGUCUCCUUAUGAAGAUUCUAAUGCGUUUUACGAAUUUCUCAAGAAAUCGAUUAGCUUUGAGGUUAGUAAGAAUCAGUUCAUGGAUAAGAUUAGGAGUUUAAGGAAGAAGUAUAUUGGUAAAGAAGGAAAAGAACCUAGUUUUGUGAAAGCUCAUGAUAAGAAAGCUUUUGAAUUGUCAAAGUUUAUUUGGGGACCUAAAGGGAUUGCUCUUGAUUCCAAUGUUAAGUCGAAUGGUGUAUCGAAAAAGAGUGCGAAGAAGAAGAAGAUUGAUUCUGUUAAGCAAGAGUUGGUUUUUGUUGGUGGUGGUUCUUCAAAUACUAAUGGUAAAAAAGUUGAAGAUGGUGGUGGUGAUGAUAAGCAAGUGUUGGUUCAUGGAGGUGAUUGGUUUGAUAAUUCGUCUCUUGUUCGAAUGAUUACUGGUUUAGGUGUUGAUGAGUUUUAUGUGAAGCAACAAUGGAGUUUGGUUCCGGUUGAGACUAAGAAGAUUAUUGAAGAGAAGUUCAAGUUGUUGCAAGCUAAGGAGCUUGAAUUUGUAUUGGAGAAGACGAAGUUUUUGCAGGAGUUGACGUCUAUGAUCGUUGAAGCUUCGAAGAAAAACCAUUAGAUACAUAUUGCAAUGCAUUGCCUUCUUUUGUUUUCGAAUUUAGGAUUUACCUUUCUUCUUA